GUGCUGUAUUAAAUUCUGAUCUACCUAGUUUUAUUUCAUCCCAAUGUCCUGAACUUGAAUUUCGCUUCUUUUGAAUUUGUGCGAUUGUUUGUCUUUAUAUGAAUUAUUCAGCUUUUAGAUCUGUUGCGAGUAGUAAUAUACUCUUUGAAGAGCGCGGCCUGAGUCAAUACUUAUAAAGGGAGAAGGCUGAGAAUUUAAAGAUUGACUUUUCUCCGCUGGCUGAGAGAAGGCUGAGACGAGCCGCCCUUCGAAGACGAAAACAUGGAAAACAGCAUCGCCAGUCUUCACGCUGCUGAGAGCGAGGAGAUUAAACCGUACAAGAUACAUGUGUCAUCCAAAUACCUUGACCUCACGAAGAAGAAACUCGAAUUGACGAGGUUGCCACAUGAGAUUUUGCUGCCGCGAGAGAGGGAAUGGGAGCAGGGUACGCCGAAGUGUGAGAUUGAGCCGUUGGUUGAUUUUUGGCUAGAGCACUACACCUGGCGCCAGCGCGAAACCCACCUCAACAACACUGUCCCCCAAUACCGCACCGCCCUCUCUCUACCAACGACUCCUUCCUCACCUCCCCUUCGAAUCCACUUCCUACACAUCAAGUCACCCCACAAGCAUGCCCUUCCCCUCCUCCUCAUCCCCACCUUCCCUUUAACAAACCUCUCUCUCACCCCCCUCUUCACACCCCUCACCUCCCCCACCUCACCAACCUCUACCCAACCAUUCACGCUCAUCGUCCCCUCCCUCCCGGGCCUCGGCUUCAGCGAUUCUUUCUCCUCCUCCAAAACCUCAUCCUCCUCCCUCGAAAAUACCGCCGCGCUAUGCGACGCCCUGAUGAAGCGGCUGGGAUACAGCUACUACCUAGCCAGCGCGACGGGGUCAGGAGUCGACAGUCCCGCGGGGAUCGAUUACCAUCUUCUGAGGAUACUAGGAGAGAGGUACCGGGAGAGUUGUCUAGGCGUGCAUGUUGUUGAGCCGUGCGUCAAGGCACCAACACUCAAGGAGCAGCCGGCGGCAUGGAUGAGGUUUGCGGUUGCGAAAUUUUUCCACGCGAAGAUGUUUGGGUAUGAGGAGGCUGAUUUUCUGGCGUUGAGGGCGGAGGAAGGGAGGUUGAGAGAGCAGAGGGAGAAUUCCGAUUCGAAAUUCGGAUCGAGACAGAGGUAUUCGAGAACCGUAGCAGAUGAAGAGAGUCCGCUUCUUCAGGCAGGUCGCCGCACAGGCCAAAAGAGAUCUGGUCCUGGCCACAGAGCAAUUGGGAUCCUCGGCCUCAGAGAACCAAAUACCUUCGCCUACGCACUCUGCGAUUCUCCCGUCGGACUACUCAGUCUCGUGCUGAGUGCCCUGCGGAGGAGAAGUCCCAAUCAUAUGCUCACGCACACGGAAAUCAUCGACGUGACACAGCUCGCCUGGCUGCCUGGACCUGAAGCUGGCGCGAGGUUUUGGGCUGUGGCGUUGGAGGAGGUUGAAGGGUGGGAGAAGGGAUCGUUGGAUUGUGAUGCUGAAGAUGAUGAUCCUGAGGCCGUAGAUGGAAAACGAAAUGCGGAGAGGAAACAGGCAGGGAGGAAAAGAAAGAGUAAGAGUAAUGUCGCCAUGACAGUCUUCUCCUCCGACAGCUGCGACGGUCCCUCGUAUAUCUGUCCCGCAUGGGCAGCGCCACACCACACCGUCCUGUUCUCCCAACGCGUAGCUGGUCGACCUGGUAUCGCUGUCUGGGAGAGAGUCGAUGUCCUGGUUGAGGGGAUCAGGGGGCUGGCGAGGGAGGUGGAGAGGGUGGAUCCGAGGAUUAGGGUGAGGCCGUUGGAGGAGAUUGUGGUUUUUGAGGAGCCGAUUAUUGAGGUUGAUGGGGAGGAGAGUGAAAGGGGGAGGGAUAGUGUGGAUUUCAGUGCGUGGGGUGGUGAGAGUGAGAGGGAGAGGGAGGGUGAUGGAAUGCAGCUUGAGGUUGAGAGUCCGGAUACGGUUGUUGCGGUUGAUAUGAGGAGGGAUGAGUAGGUAAUGUGAAAUGAAAUAAGAGGAAAGAGCAUUGGAAGAGAGAAGGGAUUUAAGAAGAGAGAUGCUUUGUAUUUUGAGAUACCAGGAUGGAGUUUGAGUUGCUCGUUACUGGAUUUGAUUUUGUGGAUGUGUUGAGAACAGAAAGAAAGUAGAGUAAUACACGCUUGAGCAUAUAUCCAAUGAAAUGAAAGAAGAAUAUCCCCUCUUAAACACCGAAAGUUGAAAGUGAAACCGCGGCUUGUACUGUACAGCACAAGAAUAUACAACCCAGCUUAAGUGCGCGUGCUUCUUAUAUUCUCGCUGGGGAGAUAAAGAAUAGAAAACUGUUACAAACUUUAGAUGAA